AACGCUGCUCAGUCAGUCCGUUUCCUUUGCUCGCAGUGCCACAGGCUCCUUAUUGAAACUGAAACACUUCAUUCCUCUCCUAAACGGACCUCCACAUUUUAGACGGGUCCUUUCAUGGCUCCGAAACUACAAUUCGGCUUGCACUUAAUACAGUUUAUCUGCUCACCAGGCUUUAUACAACUCUUACAUGUCAGACUGGGGUAGACUCACAGCCCCAGCGGCUCCCCGGCAGGCCUCUCUCUGUUCACCGUGUGAGCAUCGGCUCUCACGCCGCGGUUGAGUGGGUCCAGCUCGGCCACAGAGACAGCAUGGCCCCGGUGCAUCGCUAGCCUGUGCUCUUUAUGAUUAAAAGCACAUCAUAUCGGCGGUAAACCGUUUUAGCUUGGAUGCCACUACUACCGGGGUCUGGCUGUCAGAAUGAACGGCACUCAGCAGAGUGAUACCAAGAGACAGCACCUCCUGGAGAGACUGCUGGAUGCUGUCAAACAGUGCCAAAUCCGCUUUGGAGGAAGAAAGGAGAUUGCCACAGACUCAGACAGCAGGGUGAUCUGCCUGUGUGCCCAGUUUGAAGUGGUGUUGCAGCAUGGCCUGAGGAAGAGCCGAGGUCUGGCUCUCACCGCCGCUGCUCUCAAGCAGGCUGCAGGCUUCAGCACCAAGACGGAAGGAGAAUUUACCUUCUGGUUCUAUGUGAAGGAGCAUCUGAACCGCCACGAGCUCCAGCGGUUCUACUCCCUACGUCACAUCUCCUCCGAGCUGGGCCGGGGCCGUGCCUGGCUGCGCUGCGCCCUCAACGAGCACUCGCUGGAGCGCUACCUGCACACACUGCUGGCUGAUCGCCCACGCCUGGGAACUUACUAUGAAGACUGGGCUUUUAUUCUUGAUGAAGAGAGAGCAAGUAUGCUCCCCACCAUGGCUGCAGGUCUGAACUCCAUCCUGUUUGCCAUCAACUUAGACAACAGUGACCUGAACGGCGGGGUGAUGCGAGGAGGCCCCUCGGUGUCCCACCUCCUCAAGGAGUCCACGCAGGGCAUCGGCAGCCUGUGGAAAGAGUCGACUCAGGGGGUCAGCAGCCUGCUGCGAGAGAUCAGCACCGCCACGGCUGUAGUGCCCGGCUUCACCCCCAGAGUGGACGGGGCCUCAGACCCGCUGCCUGUCCUCCCACGCAGCAGCUCUGCUGACUCAGGGCUGAGGAAGGAGCGCCGGCGGAAAAAGAAAGUCACCAACAUCAUUUCCUUUGAUGACGAUCUGGAUGGGGGUGCGGAGGAUGAGGAGGAGGGAGAGGAGGACUCCCAGAAGAUGGGCGCCAUGAGGAAGAGCCACAUUCCUCCCGCUCAGAGAAGUGUGGAGGAAGGAAUAGAUACUUUGGAGCCGGCCUUCUCCGAGUCGCCAGCCCAGAACGGCCUGGCUGAGCCGGGCAUAGUCAGCUGGGUGGGGUCCCCCCACCCCUCUCGUACUCCACCCACUACUACACCUCCUCUGCCUGACAGUAAGAGUAUAGACUACGAGGAUGAGGAGGAAGAGGAUGACAUGUACAAACCCAGAGCACAAACCCAGGAGGAGGAGAGGAGCAGCUCUGAUCAGGUGGUGGUAGGCAGCCUGUCCAGUGUGUCCACGUGGAGUCCUCUACAGGUGAUGACCGAACACAGAAGCUCGGACAUCCUCAUUCCUCUGAACCCUGCAGACUCUCAGCCAGUGAGCCCUGUGGAGGACUCUGAUGCAUUUCCUGCCCAGCAUGAGUCAACAGGACCGGUGGCAAACUGUGAGAGCAGCAGAUCGCUGCUAACAUUCAAUAUGGAGUCCAGUCCACCGACAAAGUCUGCUCCACUCUCCGGUGUGCUGCCAACAUCUGGUCUGCCAGAGUCCAUGACAGUGGUGGAGCUGCGUCAGGCCAUCGUAGCCAUGAUGAACAGGAAGGACGAGCUGGAAGAACAAAACACGUCUCUUCGCAGUCUGCUGGAUGGGGAGAUGGAGCACUCAGCAGGCCUGAGGCAGGAAACUGAUCUGCUGAAGAGGAAGCUGGCAGAGCUGGAGGAGAGACACUCUGCCAAGGUCCAGGCACUGGCCAGGGAGAAUGAGGUCCUAAAGGUCCAGUUGAAGAAGUAUGUGGGGGCGGUACAGAUGCUGAAGAGAGAGGGGAGCCAGGGCGAUGAUGCCCUGUCGGUGUUGCGGUCGAGUGAAGAGAAGGCCCCGGUCCCACAGAAUAAGUUCAUGGGUGACAUCGAGGAGCUGGCCGCCAGCUAUGAACGCAAACUCAUAGAGGUGGCCGAGAUGCACGGUGAGUUGAUAGAGUUUAAUGAGCGCCUGUACCGUUCCCUCAUAGCCAAAGACCACCUCAUUGUCCAAAUGAGACAGGAACUCAUUGACCUGAGAGGCCCGGUUCCAGGUGAUUUAAGCCAGACGUCAGAUGACCCCAGCCUGUCGGAUUUUGAGACGGCUCAUCGCGCUCUCAUCAACGUGUGGAUCCCCUCUGUGUUCCUGCAGGGCAGAGCUGCCAACGCCUACAACGUCUACCAGGUCUACAUCCGUAUCCUGGACAACGAAUGGAAUGUGUACAGGCGUUACACCGAGUUCAGGGAGCUCCACAACCACCUCAGGACCCAGUUUCCACAGGUGGACACCUUCAACUUCCCACCCAAGAAAGCCAUAGGGAACAAGGAUGCCAAGUUUGUGGAGGAGAGGAGGAAGCAGCUGCAGGGCUACCUUCGCAUGGUGAUGAACAAACUGAUCCAGACGCUGCCGGAGUUCGCAGCCCGCCCCACCAAAGAGACCCUGCUGUCUCUGCUGCCUUUCUGCCUAGACACUCCCCAGGCCAACGACGGCGGAGCCAAGACGCCCCGGUCCAAAACUUCAUCCCGCUUCCCCAGACUGGGCCGCAGCCGCAACCAGGAAGCCAGACCUGAACCCCAGAGUGGUGACCUUUAACCACCCCCUCCCCCCCGGAGCCUUUGAACUAAUAAUCUCUCCCUGUAUAGGCUGAGGACGACGAUGUUUUCUGUGUCCAGCCUGGACUUGUGACAUACAGGCUCACAGUGUGAGGACAUCGAUGGCGUUUAACAGACCUUCAAAGCCUUACAGAUAAAAGGCCUUCGUCGAGGAGGGGAGAUGGACGCGUUCACAUCGCAGGACUCUCGAGGAGAUAUGUAAAUGUUUCUGUGGAUCGCCUGGCUGAGUCGAGGAUAAAUGACUCCCCAGAGGCUGCCUAUCGAUGGAUCCAAUCAUACAGUACCUUUUACCUCACUGAGAGACACAAAGACUCUCUGUAAACUGCACAUGAACUAGCCUGGACUCCUCUCUCUAAUCUCAAACACAAUGAGAUGAUGGAGACAUUUUUUCUUCUCUUAGUCUGCUCAGUUUUGUAGUGAAGGUGUAUAAUGGUCACAGUGCCUACAGUGUUUUGUACCUGCUUUCCUGCUCUGGGUAGGUAGGGAAGGGUGUGCAGAAAGGUAAUGAAAGUAUACCUUUGGGAAAUGUUUUUCAGCUAAUGUGUCAGCAUUAUAGUGCCAUUACAUUUUAGUCGAUGAUUCACUCUCUCUGGAGUGGACCAUUAGGCAAUGGGCAUUCCUUUUUCCUACUUUUGUUAUCUUCUUCUUCUUCGUCUUAUUAUUAUGGCUAUAACUGACAACCUGCAAAAAGUGUAACAUAUCUAAAGGCUGCCAGGGAUGCAAUAAUUAUCAAAAACAUCUUUUAAAUUCCAAAUAAUAAUCAUAUUAAUGGAUUAGGGUUAAGCACUGCUGAUAAAACCAAACUCUCUUUGGGACUAUGAAAAUGAUAUUGGUGGGGAGUUGAAUCUUGUAUUUGACUUUUUGAAACCCACCGCGUUAUUCAUAUUUUCUCUGGACUCCUCUUAUUGACUUGGGGGGAAAAAACUGCAACUGCAACCAACACUCCUUCCCCUAUUACUAAAAGAAGCAAAGUAGAAAGAAUUAAAACCUUAUAUAUAAGGUUUAAAUUAACAACACAACAAAAAUUCCAGACCAAGAGAUACUAAAUAAAAUGUUAAACUGGAAUUAUAAUAUAGGCCAAAAUGAUAUGAAACUGCAGACUAAAGUGUGGGGCUGCACAAUUAAUCGCAACUGUAUCGAAAUUGCAACAUGGACUAGUGCAAUAUCCAAAUCGCAGGGGGGGGGGGC